UUAUUAUAUGGUGUAUAUUAGCAUGAAUGAGACCAGAGAAGCAGUUCGAGCAGUAUCAUGGGGCAAAACACACGGAGCUUGGUGCUGGUGGUCCUGGUGGGGCUGGUGGGAGCGGUGUCUGCUGACGUCCAGGUGAUGAAGGAUGUCACGCUAGGUUUUGGACAGGCGCUAGAACAAUGCAGGGAAGAGAGUCAGUUAACAGAGGAGAAAAUGGAGGAGUUCUUCCACUUCUGGCGUGAGGACUUCAAGUUCGAGCACCGCGAGUUGGGCUGCGCGCUCCAGUGCAUGAGCCGCCACUUCAACCUGCUCACCGACUCUAGCCGCAUGCAUCACGAAAACACUGACAAGUUCAUCAAAUCGUUCCCUAAUGGUGCUGUCCUAUCAAAAACGAUGGUGGAACUUAUCCACAAUUGUGAGCUACAACACGACGCAGAAGAGGACCACUGCUGGCGUAUCCUCCGAGUGGCGGAGUGCUUUAAGAUCUCCUGCACGAAGGCUGGCAUCGCGCCUUCUAUGGAGGUCAUGAUGGCGGAGUUCAUCAUGGAAACUGAAAACAAAUGAUUCAUGAGAUUAGGUUAGGGUACAGGGUACAACGGCCUCGCUUUCCGAUUGGACGAUGUUUUGUUAUCAAUCAAUAAAUUAUUUGACUGUC